UCAUCAUCAUCAUCAUCAUCAUCAUAUUUGCCCCAGGGCUCUGCUGAUUCCUACACUAGCCGCCCAUCAUUGGACUCCGACGUGUCGCUAGAGGAGGAACGCGAAGGUGUGAAGCGCGAAGUGGAGAACCAGGCCCAGCAGCAGCUUGAAAAAGCCAAGAGCAAACCAGUUGCAUUUGCUGUCCGUACUAAUGUCAGCUACUGUGGCGCACUGGAUGAAGAAUGUCCCGUGCAGGGAUCUGCCAUCAACUUUGAAGCCAAAGACUUCUUGCAUAUUAAAGAGAAAUACAGCAAUGACUGGUGGAUCGGGCGGCUAGUGAAGGAGGGGGGAGACAUCGCCUUCAUCCCCAGCCCACAGAGGCUGGAGGCCAUACGGCUGAAACAGGAGCAAAAAGCCAGGCAAUCUGGGAAUCCUGCCAUCAGCAACCGGCGAUCGCCUCCCCCAUCAUUAGCCAAACAGAAGCAAAAGCAGACAGAGCACAUCCCUCCAUAUGAUGUGGUUCCUUCCAUGCGGCCAGUGGUGCUGGUGGGGCCCUCACUGAAAGGAUACGAGGUGACAGACAUGAUGCAGAAAGCUCUUUUUGAUUUCUUGAAGCACAGAUUUGAUGGCAGAAUCUCCAUCACGCGUGUUACAGCAGACCUGUCCCUGGCCAAGCGCUCGGUGCUCAACAAUCCUGGGAAACGGGCCAUCAUUGAGCGAUCUACCACCCGUUCCAGUAUUGCUGAAGUCCAAAGCGAGAUUGAGCGGAUCUUUGAAUUGGCCAAGUCCUUGCAAUUGGUAGUGCUGGAUGCAGACACCAUCAACCACCCAGCCCAGCUGGCCAAAACCUCUCUGGCUCCCAUCGUUGUCUAUGUCAAAGUUUCUUCCCCAAAGGUGUUGCAACGCCUUAUUAAGUCCAGAGGGAAAUCACAGGUGAAGCAUCUUAAUGUUCAAAUGAUGGCUGCUGACAAACUUGUCCAGUGUCCUCCGGAACUCUUUGAUGUGAUCCUAGAUGAGAACCAGCUGGAGGAUGCUUGUGAACAUCUGGCUGAAUAUCUGGAGGUUUACUGGCGAGCAACCCACCACCCUGCACACGGCCUAGGGAGCCAAAACCUCCUGACUCCUUCCACUGCCAUUCCUGGCCUGCAGAGCCAGGCCCCGAUGGCCGAGCACGAGAGUGAGCGCUCCCCGGUGGAGCAUGACAGUUUGAUGCAAUCUGACGAAGUGAGUGACGCCUCGCGCAAGACAUGGACGGCAUCCUCUCAGCGCAGCUCCCGGCACCUGGAGGAUGAAUACUCUGACGCCUACACUGACCUGUACCAGCCUCAUCGCAACCACAACAGUGGCCUCCGCAGCACCAACGGCCAUGACUCGCAGGACCGUCUUCUGGAGCGCGACUCUGAGCACAAUCACAAUGACAGGAACUGGCAACGCAACCGGCCCUGGGCCAAAGAUAGUUAUUGA